AUGUCGUUCAUUCCCCAACAAUCUUGUGAGGUCAUGAAACCGGAAAAUCAACUUCCUGAAACCAUGGAACAAGAAAAGAUGCAACAUCAAAUCGUUAACAAUUCUCUCUGCGAAUUGCGGCACAUGAAAAUUGGUGAAUUACCAUCUCCGUCUACUCUGACCAGGAAUAAAACGUUAGGAAGACCGCGCAAACAUAAUCCGUAUUAUCGCAAUAUAGUAGCAGCAAGUUAUAUAUCUGGACCAAACUUGUUACAACCGAAUUACAUUGCAAAAGAUAUUAGAGAGAUGUGGAAAUCAAUCAAAGUUAACAAUGUGUCAACCGUAGAAGGAAAUAAAAUAUUUACAUUUCAUAAUACUUUUUCUGGAAAAUACGAAAUGGACAGUGGUACGCGAAAAAAUGUACAUUCAGUCACUAAAUCAUUUCAACAUCUUCCCCAAUUUUUCCAAUCCUUCUAUUCCUCACAACCUUUUCAACAACCCUCCUUGCAUCAAUUGUCUUCCUUACAACCUUUCCAACAACAACCUUCCUUGCCUUAUCAAGUCUAUUACCAACCUUUGCUCUUUUCCAAUACCGUCAAUUCUGAAUUGCCACAACAAUCUAUCAAUAAAUAA